AUGAAUGGAUCAAGUACAAAUGGUCAUUCAGCCACAGGUAUCAAGCCGGCAUCUACAUAUUUCGGACAUGAUAGGGAGGAAGUUACGAGGAUCUUGAUUCAAGCAUUGUCGGACUUGGGUUACAAGGGUGCUGCUGGAGCUUUAAGUCAGGAAAGUGGUUAUGAUCUAGAGAGUCCAACAGUAGCAGCUUUCCGAAAUGCAGUCCUACAAGGCGAGUGGGCUGAAGCUGAAGAACUACUUUUUGGAGGAUCUACAGAAGAAGGCGGAGUCAGCAUUCACGGAAACGGCUUGAUUCUCCGAGAUGGCGUGGAUAAGAACUUCAUGCGGUUCUGGAUACGCCAACAGAAAUUCUUGGAACUACUUGAACAAAAAGACAUGGGCAGAGCGAUAAAUGUACUGCGAUCUGAGCUCACUCCAUUGGAUCAGGACACCCCCAAAUUGCAUUUUCUGUCAAGCUUACUGAUGUGUACACCCGACGACCUCAAGACCAAAGCUAAUUGGGAUGGGGCCGCUGGGGAAUCAAGAAAACAGCUUCUUUCGCAGUUAUCCAGUAAGUUUCAUGUUGAUGCUACUGGUAAAUUAAUGAACAAACUCCCCCGUUUUAGCGAGCCUGUGACCUGUUGUGUAUGGGCUCCAGAUGGACAGUCGUUCGUCAUUGGCAGCUUGGGCAAUACCAAAAACUUAUGCCAGUGGAGUCUCAACGGUGAUCUUGUCUACGAUUGGGGUCGAGAACAUCGUAUCCGAGACAUAGCAAUGACGCCGGACGGAAACAAAUUAGUGGCCAUCGAACACAUGACCCAUAUUUAUGUUUAUAACUUCGUAACUCGGGAGCUUGAAUACGAGCUGGACCUCAAAGUUCAGCUGUGCUCAAUUUCUAUUAGCCAAAACUCGAGGCAUCUACUGGUCCACUGCUGCACUGGGGAGACCCGCAUGCUCGAUGUAGAGACAGGCGAAACAGUACGAUCUUUCAUAUCAGGGGACAAAGGGGGUGAAUUCAUUAUCAGAAGCUCUUUCGGUGGUGCAAACGAGAGUUUUGUUGUUAGCGGAAGCGAAGAGGGGAACGUUAUAAUAUAUCACAGAGAGAACGGUGCAGUGGUAGAAAAACUGGAGGGACAUAAGAAAGGCUGCUGCAAUGCAAUUUCUUGGAAUCCGACGAACCCAGCUAUGUUCGCUUCCGCCGGUGAUGACGAUGGUCGAGUGAAAACACUUCAGGAAGAUCCUUGA